GAAUAACUGUGUACGACUUAAAUAAUAUUAUGGCUGGUUUAAAGAUUUUUAUCACAGUAGCUUUGACGUUGGUUGCUAAGGAUGGUGUAUUUUCAUGUUCAUUACGAAGUCAUAAACAUGGUUCAUCACAACCAUGCUGGUCUCCGACGUCUAAUUCUACUUCUUCACUAAACCUCACACCGGUUUCGAAGCCAAAUACAAUAUCUUCUCCUUGUGAUUCUUCAGCUAGUCCGAGUUCUUGUUCAUCGAGUGUUCAUGCAAAUGGAUCACCCAUAUCUUCUACACCAACCCUUUCUCCAGAUUUGUCUUCGUCGGGAUCAACACCAUUAAUACCACCCACGCCACCAGCGCCUUCUAAUGUUACAACCAUUUUAAAAUCUAUAAUUCAAAUGUUAUCGUCUCCAGCAUAUUCCAAUGUACAGGUAGAUGGUAAAGCACCAACUUCUGAUAAUUCAAUUUUACCCUCUUCAUCUACAUCGAAUGCAGCACAGUUGCCUGCUUCUGUUUCAAAGCAACAUACAACAUCUUCAGCAUGUGCCUCAGACUCCUCAAGUUCUUCAAGUAUUUUACCAAAUCCGUCGUGUAAUUCAGUCCAGUCUAUUUUUAGUACUGUUUCGAUACCAAAGUUGUCAUAUUCACCAUCAACACCGCCUACUAUUAUUGAUACAGACAUCAUACAAUUUUUACUCAAUGUUUCGUCUUCAGUUCCAUCAUCUUCAUAUUUAUCUAAUACUAAGCCGACGCAUUUAUCACCACCAUGUCAUCUAUUUACGUCAGCGUUAAACAAAAACGUUGUUCCAGGUACAAAAUCAUGUGCUAUAUCACACCAUGUUGCGCCUUCGUUGAGUGUAUUACCAGGUGUGACGCGCGGUUCAUCCUCGCCGCCUUAUCAUCCAGUUCAUGGAGUAUUUCCAGUACCAGCUUCUGGCAAACCUCCAGCAUCAUUUAUAGAACAUGAACUAGAAACAGCACCUGAAGAAUUUCCAGCUGCAAGUAAUGUGCCAGUUUCAAUACCAGUAGUAACUUCAACGUCUACUCCACCUUCAUUUGCUGGUUAUAACCCAGUCUUUAUAAAUCUUUUACUAAAACUAAUACAAUCCGCUCAAUCACAAGCGGUUUCUUCUUCUCCUUUAACACCUACUAAAACCUAUGAUAUACACAUGCCAAACGUAACUCCUGUAUCUGUUUUGGAUAAAAAGCCACAUACUAUUUCACCUGCUUGUGCAUCAUCUUCUGAAUCGUCUAGUUCUUGUUUAUCAAAUGUAUUAAAUAAUCAGUCAAAUAGUUCGAUUUCUCCUUUUCAACAAAUGCUGAUCUCUUUAACACCUCCACCUGUUUCAAGCAUACCUUUUGGCUAUAAUCCAGAAUCCAUGAAACUAGUCAUUAAACAUUUAAUAUCUAACAACAUUUCUACUUCAACUUCAUUGUCGUCAUUAUUUCCACUUCUUCAGCUUAAAUUAAAUGCCACUCCAACCGUUUCUUCUACCCAUAAUCCAAUACCAACGUCUACUUUUAAUAGACCAUUAUCCGAUUUAAAUCCUAAUGUAUUCAAUUUAUCGUCGAAUAAUACAUUUGAUUCUACUUCUGGUUCUAAAACCAAUCAAAAUACAUCGAUUACUAAUAAUCAAGAUCUCGCUAUUAUUUUAAUGAAGCUUUUUAGCGCUUCCAAUGCUUCAAAAACGUCCUUUGUUCCUUGUUCACCAUCAUCAAACUCAUAUUCCAGCUCCACGUUAAAUACUACUUCAAUUUCACCUGUUCCUUGUAUACCACCAGUUAGCUCAUUGUCAGAUAUUUUAAGUAAAUUCUCCAGUCUUAAACCCGUUUCAAAACCACCUUUACCUAGUAUAAUCUCAAGUCCCAUUAUUACACCAUUAUCAAAUGUAAAACCAUUAUCGGAACAAAAUUUAGCUAUAACACCUACUUCGUAUCCAAUAACUCCGUCAUCGGAUAUUAACCCAUGUCGUUCAAAACACAAACGACUACCAAAAUUGUCUAGUUCAACAUUAACUGGUGUCAAUCUAUGCCUCAAAAAUGUUAAACGACCGCAUACACCACAUUUACCAUUACCAUGCUCACUAUCGCCUACUAAAUUAAGUUCACCCGCCAUAUAAUUAAAUUAAAUUAUAUUUAGUAUACUAUUUUAUAUUGAACUAUACUGACUGUUAUAACAAUUGUUUAAAGUUAUAUAUAUAUAUAUAUAUAUGUUAAGAUCAAUUUUAUUAUUU